UUUAGCAUUCGACAAUUUUUUGUUAAUAAUCAAAUUUUAUCACGUAUAAAAUAAUACGUUAAUAUAAAAAUAAUUUCUUUCAUAUAGAGUAAAUUUAGUUGAUUUUGGUUGCUUUCCAUUAAUGUAUUACAAAUAAUUUGGGACAAGUGCAGUGUGAAUGCCCCUUCUUGGAAGUAUGGCCGACGCUGCUUGUAUCAGCGGUGCUUCUGUGCGAUGGCUUCGUCCGCACGUUCUCCCGAAUUUCCCAUAAAAAUGCGCCGAUUUAUAAUACUCACCUGGUGCAUCUAAAGUGACGACUUCUUGUGCAACUUGUCCAAAAAGGUCACUUCGAUUCGUGCGAUUAUUUCGGUGCAAUUCGUGAUAAAGCGCCGCGCUGUGAACGAAGAGGUUGUCUUGCGUUUCACCCUGCAUCCCGGUCCAUGGAUUGAUGCAUCAUCACCAAAACUAUGAUAAUGGAAAGGAGAAUUAAGCUGAAAACGCUCAACAAUCACAUCACCUGCAAGAUUUGCAGAGGAUAUCUGAUUGAUGCUACCACUGUCACUGAAUGUUUACACACCUUUUGCAAGAGUUGUUUGGUAAAGCAUUUGGAAGAGAAUAACACUUGUCCAACAUGCAACAUUGUGAUACACCAAUCACACCCACUGCAAUACAUCAGCUUUGAUCGGACUAUGCAAGAUAUUGUCUAUAAACUGGUGCCCGAACUGCAAAAAAAUGAAAUUACAAGAGAAAGAGAAUUUUACAAAGCCAGAGGACUGCCAUGUCCAAAGGAUAUUCCUCUUAAUAUCGCCGACAUGGAGGAAGAGAAGUCGGCGGCGGAUGUUCACGCAGAGGCUGACUACCACCGACAAGAUGAGCAAGUUAAUGUGUGCCUGGAAUGUAUUAGCAAUAACUUAAAGACGUUGAAGAGGAGAUUUAUUCGGUGUUCGGCGCAAGCGACGAUUCUACACUUGAAGAAGUUCGUCGCUAAAAAAGUAUUAAACGGGAUGGAAAAAUAUAGAGAUAUUGAUAUAUUGUGCAAUGAUGAACUCCUGGGAAAAGACCACACGCUCAAAUUUGUCUACGUGACACGAUGGCGGUUUCAGAACCCUCCGCUGACUCUACAAUAUCGUCCACGCAUCGAUUUGUAAAACAUUGAAGAAGUCGUGCAGUUACAACCUAAAAGACACAAACACUUACCGCUCGGUAUGUGAGAUAUUAAACAAUAUGUGAGAGUGUGAAGUUGCAGUGAUUUUAAUCUACAAAAAGUGUUGGGAGCCAUCGAGAGGCCGCAAACUUCACAUUUGGUGCAAUUUCGAUUUGGGAAUUGAGUGUUAAUGCUUUCAGGGGAUUACAAACAGAAAAAAGUUCAAAUUUUAUAAAUGCAUUGGGUUUAUCAGUUCAAAUAAAAUCUAUAGAUUUUCGAUAUUUUAGUAGAGAAAAAAGAAGCUAAAAAUGAACGACGUUUAUAAAUGAAUGCAUCUGAUUCAUCGCUGAAAUGUAUAUAUUUUGUAUUAAGACAAACAA